AUGCGGACUGGAAAUACAACAGAGCGAGAGGCGCCAUGGAAAUUGGAACUUAGAUUCGACAGACUGAAACCGCCAAAGUGGAAGAGACCAUAUUUGGUUUGGCUUCACUUGUUUCUCAAGAUUGUUCCACUGCUCUUAUUGCAUUUCGGUACACCUGGUUAUCGGUAUAUAGAGGGAGGCAAAGGAUAUUUAAUUGAUAACAUUCAUGUUGAAUUCAAUGCAGUUAUUUUUACCAUCAUGGUCCUAAUUGACUUCUUUGUCACAAAAGAUAUCCUCGGGCCAAAACUGACUGGCCUACAUCACGGAUUCAAGAUGAACGGAGAAAACAAGAUCACCUAUCAUUUCUAUGCUGAGAAGGACUUUCUCACUCGGUAUCCUGCCAUUGAUCGUGACAGUUUCUUCACCUUCCUGGUGAUUUUCUCCGCUAUUUGGAUCAUGCCAACUAUCUCAGCAAUAAUAAUAUUAUCGAAAUUCUGGCUUCCAUUCAACAUUCUCGGAUGGGGAAGUGUUUAUCUGAACCUUUACUUGUUCGUCCAGACUAGAUAUUACCAGCAAUGGACAAUGCCUAAAUUUUUUGCCGCAUGGCUCCAUAAUUUCUUCAUGAGAAUCGAGUAUGCGGAAGACGAUUCGGGAAGUAGCUUCGGAAACGCCUAUCGGGCAAGAUAUUAG